CUGCAUUCCCACUUGAGGUCUUUCAGUGAGACGCGGACUUGUGAAUUUGCAGAGAUGGUGCUGAAGGCUGUUUGCGUGCUGAAAGGAACCGGAGAAGUUACCGGUACCGUAUUCUUUGAGCAGGAGGGUGACAAAGCCCCAGUGAAACUGACAGGGGAGAUCUCAGGUCUGGCCCCGGGGGAACAUGGCUUCCACGUCCAUGCCUUCGGAGACAACACCAACGGCUGCGUGAGUGCAGGACCCCACUUCAACCCCCACAACAAGACCCACGGAGGACCCGCCGAUGACGUCAGGCACGUCGGGGACCUUGGCAACGUGACUGCAGGAGCUGACAAUGUGGCUAAGAUCAACAUCCAGGACAAGAUACUGACUCUCACUGGACCCAACUCUAUCAUCGGCAGGACCAUGGUGAUCCAUGAGAAGGCUGAUGACCUGGGGAAAGGAGGCAACGAGGAGAGUGUGAAGACGGGCAACGCCGGGGGUCGCCAGGCCUGUGGUGUAAUUGGAAUUACCCAGUGAACACUCGCCCCUACUGGGUAGCACGGGAACCACUAGCCACCGCUUGAAGACCACCCCGACCCCAUUUGGAGGCUCUGUAAAGUCUAACCCUACCUAGACCUGUGAGGCACCUCAUGUAGAUCUGACAGAAAGAGGGUGAGUUUCCCAAAAAACAAAGAUUGUCUGCAGCCUUAAGGUCAUUCUUUGUGUACUUUAGUGCUAAAGAUGAACUUGAUGUUUUUGGGAAACUCACCCCUGAAGGUGUCCAGGGCUCUGAAGGGCUUUAACUCAGGGACACAUCUGGGACGUUGAAGUUGAGGACGGAUCUAAUAAAGUGCUCUAGGGGUUGGCGGCUAGGGGGUGGC